CCUCGUUGCCGGUGCCGUUCGCGGCAGCGGAGGCCGGUUCCGCCGCGCGUCCCGGCUGCCGGUGCCGGUUCGGUGCCGGUUCGGACCCGGCGCGGUGCCGGGCGCAGGCGCGCUCCCGGCCCGCCCGUCGGGGCGGUGCUUGCGGGAGGCGAAGCGCUGCGGGCAGCGGCGCGCCCGGAGCGGCGGCACCGGCACCGGGCAGCGGCACCAGCCCCGGGCAGAGCCGGUGGUGAAGGAUGUUCUCCUCAGUGAAGCCGUACGAGAACCAGCGCUACGCCUCUCUGAAGAAGGAGUGCCAGCGGCGGAAGCAGCUCUUCGAGGAUCCGCUUUUCCCUGCCAACGACGACUCGCUCUUCUACAAGUCAAGGAUCCAGGGCAUCCAGUGGAAGCGACCCAAAGAAAUCUGCAAUGAUCCACGUCUCUUUGUGGAUGGGAUCAGCUCCCAUGACUUACACCAGGGCCAGGUCGGGAACUGCUGGUUCGUGGCUGCCUGCUCCUCCCUGGCAUCCCGGGAGUCUCUGUGGCAGAAGGUCAUCCCAGACUGGAAGGAGCAGGAGUGGAACCCUGAGAAACCUGAGAGCUAUGUGGGGAUCUUCCACUUCCAGUUCUGGCGUUUUGGUCAGUGGCUGGAUGUGGUGAUCGAUGACCGCCUGCCCACACUCCACAAUCAGCUCAUCUACUGCCACUCCAACUCCAGGAAUGAGUUCUGGUGUGCCUUGGUGGAGAAAGCUUAUGCCAAGUUGUCAGGCUGUUAUGAGGCCCUGGAUGGAGGCAACACAGCUGAUGCCCUGGUGGAUUUCACCGGUGGGGUCUCUGAACCUAUCGACCUGACCGAAGGGGACUACAUCGCUGAUGAAGCCAAGCGAAACCUCCUCUUUGAGCGCGUGUUGAAGGUGCACAACAGGGGAGGCCUCAUCAGCUGCUCCAUCAAGGCCACAUCAGCAGCUGACAUGGAGGCUCGCCUGGCCUGCGGACUGGUGAAGGGCCACGCGUACGCGGUGACGGACGUGCGGAAGGUCCGUCUGGGCCAUGGCCUUCUAUCUUUCUUCAAGUCAGAGAAGCUGGACAUGAUCCGCAUGCGCAACCCGUGGGGCGAGCGGGAGUGGAACGGCCCUUGGAGUGACACCUCUGAGGAGUGGCAGAAAGUGAGUAAAAGUGAGAGAGAGAAGAUGGGAAUGACAGUGGAAGAUGAUGGAGAGUUCUGGAUGACCUUUGAAGAUUUCUGCAAAUACUUCACGGACAUCAUCAAGUGCCGUCUGAUCAACACCUCCUACCUGAGCAUCCACAAGACCUGGGAGGAGGCAGUGCUACACGGGGCAUGGACCAGAAGCAGUGACCCCUUGAAAAACCGCUCUGGAGGCUGCAUCAACCACAAGGACACUUUUCUGCAGAACCCUCAAUAUGUGUUUGAUGUGAAGAAGGCAGAAGAUGAAGUGCUGAUUUCCAUCCAGCAGAAGCCCAAAAGAACCAGCCGCAAAGAGGGCAAAGGAGAGAACUUGGCCAUAGGCUUUGAUAUCCAUAAGGUGGAGUUGAAUAGGAACUACCGAAUGCACACCCUGCAGCAGAAGGUGGCCAGCUCCAUCUACAUCAACUCCCGCAGCGUCUUUCUGAGGACAGACCUGAAGGAAGGCCGCUACGUCAUCAUCCCCACCACUUUUGACCCUGGUCAUGAAGGCGAGUUCCUUCUCAGGAUUUUCACAGAUGUGCCUUCAGAUUGCCGAGAGCUGACACUGGAUGAGCCACCACACACCUGCUGGAGUGGGAUGUGUGGCUACCCACAAGUAGUAUCCCAGAUCCAUGUCCUUGCUGCAGCUGGGCUCAAGAAUCAGGACUCCCAAGGAGGAGCUGACCCUUACGUGAUCAUCAAGUGUGAAGGACAAAAGGUUCGUUCUCCGGUGAAGAAGAACACGGUAUCACCAGAAUUCGAUGUGAAAGGGCUCUUCUACCGCAAGAAGCCAGCACAGCCCAUCAUUGUUCAGAUCUGGAACCACAACUUGAUAAGUGACGAGUUCUUGGGCCAAGUGGUGCUCACGGGGGAUCCCAGCGACCGGCAGUCGGUGCACACGCUGCACCUCCAGGACAAGGGGAACAGGAGGUCAAACGACCUCCCUGGAACCAUUGCUGUGAUGCUGCUCAGCAGUAACAUCCUCACUAAUGUCUGAGUACUCAAGGAUGACUCUUCUGGUGCCACAUAUGUGAAUAUGAACAUGCACACGUACAUAAAUAUAUAUAGAGACACACAGAACCUACCUACCAUCUGCAAAGUGUAUAUGAGCCAUGCAUGCAUUCCACUCCAAGGAGCCAAUUUUGUGUUUUCAAUGUUAAAAAAUGGUGCCUUUUUUGGGGAACCGCAAUGAUCCUUCUGCUGGCGUCCUCUGCAGCCCCCCUGGCUGCCACGUGCGCUGUGGGACCACUGUGAGCACACUGUGUGUCCUGACAGCCAGAGCACGAUGCCCUGGGGCUGUUUGUUUACACAGGCUGGCACACACACGUGCCACCACGCACACAUGUGGCUACCACGGUCCCACCAGCUGCUUCAGCGCAUCUGCAGUGUGUCUGCUUGAGUUAAGAGUAGUGUGCAUGGAGUUGUCUCCCUUGAAAUUGCCAUGUAAUCGCUUAUCUGUGGAGGCACCACAGCAAAGGAGAAGUGGAAAAACAGAUCAGGGCCUGUUGGAUGUUUUUUGGGUAUGGAUUUCCAUGCUGCAACUGCAAGGAAAUGCCCAAAUCCACAGGGGCAACAAGGACAAAGGCUCCAUCAUUUUGGGGACAAGCUUUCUCCACCCAAGUCUUGCUCAGCCCCAUGCAACUCUGAAAAAUAGGAAGAUGUUAACAGCUGUGGUGGGAUAAUUGUUCUCUGGGGCUGAAUUUCUGAAUCAGUCUGGACCUGGCUCCUGUGGGUGCCUCCUGAACUGCCGUGGUGCCUCCUGUCUCCGUGUCUCCAUGCCAUCCCCAUCCCAAGAGCUCACCCCAGGAGCUGGGGUGGGUUGUCUGCUGGAGCAGUUCAGUAUUUAGGUAAGAGAAGAUUUGUUCCUCUGAAGGCCAAAAUGUCAAGUUCAAGGAACGAGGAGCUUCGCUCCCUGGGGUCCAUCAGUACUGCUGCCUACAGUGCAUCAUUUCUCAGUGCCUCGCUUUCUCAAAUUCUUUUUAAAAAUAGUGGGAUUUUAGCUUGUACUAGAGGAGCACUGCUCCCAGUGCAGCCUGAAAAUGCUGGGAAUUUUUAAUUCAUACCAGUGUCCAUCUCUCACCUUUAAUUUCCAGUCUUUUGUUGUGGAGGAUGAGUUGCACAGUCCUAGAGCCAGUCUCACAAGCACAACCCAAAUGCAUCCUUGGGGACGUGUCUAGGGCUAUGGUCUGCUCCCAAUUUCCAUGAAAACUGUGUUAAUCUUCCUUAUUCCACUGGGUGGCAGAAUCUGGCUUCUUAUAAACCAUCUGGGAUAAACCAAACAACAAUCCGUUGUCUGGCCUUCCAGCAGCUGGCUAGGACAAGUUUCAAACCAUUUUUUUUCUCCUGUUGUUUGGGUUUUUUUAUUCAUGUGCCUUUAAAGUGGUGCAAGUUAAGGGAUUUUUCUGUCAGAUUUUAUAAGCAAAUAUUUUGCAGUCACCUGCAUGCAAGUGGAAAUUAAUACAUAUGAUAAAAUCUUCGAAUCUUGGUAAAUUUUGACCUGAGUGGAGUCCUUUUCCUGCAACAAAAGUGAACAGGAAAGCCUUCUUUUGCUAUAGCAAAGGGUUUCUGCUUGUCCUACUAAAUAUCUGUGUUGGUCCUGCAAGUAUGUUUGGGCUUUUUUAAAGCUAAAGGUCUGCUAAGUCUGAAACAUGGUAAAGUGUUCCCCAAAGUACCUGCUAGCUCAGUGCUUGGUGCAACCAGAAUCAGACAGUGCAACUGCACUGAUUUUUCAAGGCUGCUUUUCCUAUUUCCUCGUCUCCACAGUCCUGCAGUUAUGAGUUUGCUUUUUUACCAAAUUUGCUUAUGUUCUUAGGUCUUGUUUCUCAGGACUUAAAGCAGUGGUCCCCAUGAUGCUCUUUCCAGAUCUCAAUUACUCCUGGCUUGCACUGAGCACCCCCCAACUCCAGGUGCCGUCACUGGGACCAAAUUUGGUUCUGUGUCUUGCAGAAUUGACUUAAAUGUUCCUAGUUAGGUAAAGCAACUUUUUGAUCCCAAGGCCAAAGCAAAUCCUUGAAUUUAGGAAGAUCAAUUCAGAGAUAAUUUUAUCCUAAUUUGGUUUAUGAGACUUAUCACUGAAAAUAAAUGGAAGCAGGAUUGUGGGGUUAGAAGGUAUAAUUUGGGUCUCAGGAGAAGAUUUUACAGGCUUAUGUUCAGAGUGAUAUGUGAGAGGGAUGCCCAGAGAUACCUCACCUGGCAGGGGGAUGAGCUAUUUGGCAUCACAGGAAUGUGACAGGAGUUUUGCACCAUCAUCAGCAGAUGGAGGUGUCCAGACUGCCUGCAUUAGUCUUGUUUUCUCGGGAAAUCAGGCUGUGGAUAGCAUCAGCACAGGAGAGACAUCUGUCCAGGAGUGCCCUGUCAUGUGCCAAAUGGCUCCGUGAUCCCCCAAGGAGCAGUGCCAAAGCUCAUCAAGGAGUUGUGGUGCCCUGGUACCCAUGGGCUGCCUCCUUCCUCCCUACAGAGAAUCAAGCCAUAAAGAGAGGAAAGGCAGCUUUUUAAUAGCUUCUUAGAAAAAAAAUAAAUCACUCUACUUCAGGACCAAAUUGUCUUAAUAUCAGUAAUAUUUGUCCUUUUUUUUUUAAAGAAAAAAAGAAAGUUUUGGAAAAGCUUGAGCAGGAGCCUUCUUCCCCUACAUUUCCAAUGGAAGAACAAAAAUUACCUUUCUUACUCUUCUUUUUCUCUUAUUUGUAGAGCAGAUGAGGGAGGGAAUUAUUGAAAUGCCAUUCCUAUUGUAGAUGCCUUUUGUCUUUGAAUGAAGUAAACAGAAAUAUUCAGGGGGGUUGGGGAUUUUUUAAAAAAUUUUUUUUGAGAGGAGGGCAGGUCUGAAAAGCAUUUUCCAGUCCCUCAUGAGUGGGGUAGGACAUGUGUCUGAUUUAUUUCACAUUUCUUUUGUUAAUCAUUUCAACGGUUGCAAGCAGCCUGGCAUUAUACUCUGUGGAACCCAUUUCUUUUUGACAUCUGCCUGUUAAAACAGGCUGUGACUUGUCGUCAUCUUCAAAGGCAGUGACGUGUCGUGCUGCACAAGAUCAGAGAGUGGUCCAAACAGAAAGCCAACAUUGUACAGCUGUAAACCUCCUAUAAAUAAAUAAAUUGUGUAUAUUUU